GUGCCUCGCCUGCCAAAGCUGGAGCCGGCAUCCACGGUGCUCCCGGGCCGUACGGCCACAGCCGGCGGGCUCUCCGAGCGGGUCCUCCUGACCCUCCACCCCGGCUCUCUAGAGUCGUCCCGAGCUCCGUCGCGAUAGUGGCGAAGGCGAGAAGGACAGUCUUCCGUGCCGCUCUGUCCCCGCCGGGGAAAGACAGCAAGUUGUGCUGCGCCCGGGACCCGCUAGGGACCGUGGCCGCCGCCCGGCCGGGGGCCACCAUCCUCACUACAAAGUAUGAGAGGUUGAUACCCAGUCAGACUGAAGAUCUGGUACUGCUAGUAGCUGCAUCCUCCUUGAAGAACCGUACAUUACCUGGGAGCUUAUAGGAACCAGACACCUUCAUUCACACCUUCGGGACAGCCACGUUGGGUCCCCAUUGCAUUGCCUGGUGAAAGAUGGCAUCCAGCCUGACUUGUACUGGGGUGGUCUGGGCUUUGCUCUCCUUCCUGUCUGCUGCCACCUCCUGUGUGGGGUUCUUCAUGCCUUACUGGCUCUGGGGAUCUCAGCUGGGCAAGCCUGUGUCCUUCGGCACUUUCCGGAGGUGCUCCUAUCCUGUGCAAGAUGAGAGUCGGCAGAUGAUGGUGAUGGUGGAGGAAUGUGGGCGCUACGCCUCCUUCCAGGGCAUCCCCAGUGCAGAAUGGAGGAUCUGUACCAUAGUGACAGGGCUGGGCUGUGGCCUGCUCCUCCUGGUAGCUCUCACUGCCCUGAUGGGUUGCUGUGUGUCGGACCUCAUCUCCAGGACAGUAGGAAGAGUGGCCGGAGGAAUACAGUUUCUGGGAGGCUUGUUGAUUGGCGCUGGCUGUGCUCUCUACCCCUUGGGCUGGGACAGCGAGGAAGUCCGGCAGACUUGUGGCUACGUCUCUGGCCAGUUUGACUUGGGCAAGUGUGAAAUCGGCUGGGCCUACUACUGCACCGGGGCCGGGGCGGCAGCUGCCAUGCUGCUGUGCACGUGGCUGGCUUGCUUCUCGGGGAAGAAGCAGAAGCACUACCCCUACUGAGACCAGGCCACCGGGAGAAGCAGAGGAGAGGAUGGACCACGGGGACCGAAGGGGCCAAAGCAUCAGCUACGUUCACAAGGUGGAAUAGUGGUUCGAACCCAGUACAAUGCUAAUGUAAUGAAAUCCGAUUGAAUCUGGAACAUUCUGUAGGAAGGGAGGGUGGUGGGGGAGUUGUCGAAAGCAUGGAGAAUAUGGGACGAUGGAGGACAAUGGACCAAAGGCUAACAACACUGCAGGACAUUGGAUGUUUCUAUUCCACAGAGUAUCGUUAAUGUAUAUCAUACACACACACAGCAAACUAUAUAUGCAAAUGAGGAUCUCAUUUUGUUCUCCUUCAAAAAGAUGAGGACUAGGGGAGUCAAAAGGGCUAGUAGAAACAGUCUUAUCUUAGGAAGCAGGAGAUGUACCCUGCAGACAUUCCCUGUAGAUGAGGACUGAGCCUGAAAGCACAUACGCACGUGCACACAUGUCAUACACAUGCGCACACAUCAUAUGCACACACAUAUCACACCACUGCACAGGCGGUCAGCUGUGUACUAUUGCUCCUGAUUUUUUUAAAUAUACAUCAGUACAGUAUCAUCACAUUAUAAAACCAUACAUUAAGCCUAGUCCAUGGACCAGUAAACCACUCUAUCAGUAUUUUUGAUAUCCUGCAUAAAUGCUUUAUGCCCACAGUGUGUCUUCACUGUUUAUGCAGAUCUUUAGGGGGAAGCCUUUGUAUUUCAGUGUUAUUCAAAGACACACAGUAGUGAUCUGAGUAGUUUCUGCUGUAAUAUCCUUGUGAAGAAAUUGGACAGCUUUUGUCCACCAUAGGCGAGAAUUCAGUUGCAGAUAUGAGAGUGAAGGGAAGUCUUUCUCCAAUUAUUGGAUCUUGUUUUCUUUUAUUCAUUAUUCUACUGUGCUAUACCACAAUUAUUUCAAUAUUCAUUUUGUAAAGGGAAAAAAGUACUAUUUUGUUUGUAUUUGAAAAGUUCUGUGAAUAAAUUCUCUUUGAUCAAUA